UGCCUGCACUCUGCUCCGGGUGGGUCCACUCCUGCUAGCCUCUCCUCUGGCCUCCACGCCCGUCUCUACCCCAGCCUCCGCCCCAGCCUCUGCCCCACCAUGGCUGACCAGUACCAGUACAACACUAACGAGGAGAAGGACUUCAAGGACCAGUACCAAUACAACACCAACGAGGGGAAGGUUUUCAAGGACAGCCACACCAAGGAGAUUGACCUGAUCAACAGGGACCCCAAGCAGAUCAAUGAGGACGUGGUGAAGGUGGAGUUUGAGGAUGUGAUCGCUGAGCCGGACGGGACCCACAGCCUGGACGGAGUGUGGAAGCUGAGCUACACCACCUUCACCGUCUCCAAGUACUGGUGCUACCGCAUCCUGUCGGCCAUCUUUGGCAUCCCCGUGGCCCUGCUCUGGGGUUUCCUGUUCGCCUGCAUCUCCUUCUGCCACAUCUGGGCGGUGAUGCCUUGCAUCAAGAGCUGCCUCAUCGAGUCCCAGUGCAUCAGUCGCAUCUACUCCCUGUGCAUCCAGACCUUCUGUGAUCCCUUCUUCGAAGCCCUGGGCAAGGUCUUCAGCAGUGUGCGCGUGGCCCUGCGCAAAGAGGUCUAGCUCGGAGGAAAUCUCACUGUGUUCGUCGGAAGGACUGGGAGAAAAAUAAAAAAAACAUCCUCUGAUUUUUUCUUUUUGCGGUACCAGGGGAACGCUCCUGUGUGUGUCAUUUCCCCUCCCCCCCCCCCCAAAGACCCCUCCCCCCCCAAUAAGCCCCACCCCUGUGCCAUCUCCCUCUCCCCUGAAGGCUCCGCCCUCACUUCCAGCCCCUCUGGAAACUUCCGGGAGCUCGUAGCCCUGACACGCUCAGAGUAUCAGCUGCCACUAGAGGCCCACAGCUGUAGUCUGCAGCCUGGCUAGGUGACAGCUCUGGAAGGCCCAGGGGGCCAGGGGCCUCCAAUAGGACCUCUGUCUGUCUGUCUGUCUGUCGACCUGACUGUCUGUUGACCUGUCUGUCUGUCAACCUGUAUGUCGACCUGUCUCUUUCCAUCUGUCCUAGUGUGCAGCAUGGUAUGAGGGUAUGAGACAGUGAGUCUCUGUCAAAAGAUCUCAGUAAAUCUCUCAUGGCAUAGCAGAAAACUGUAUUGUAGGAGAACAGGACUAUCAAGUAAUCAAUGUUUUCAUUAUUCAAGUUAGAUGUACUGCGUAUCUUUUUUUCUGUUUUUGCCAAGUUGAAGUUGUCGGAAUGAAUCACGUUGUGAACCUUGAACAAGAUAAAUUUAACUUUCACAGAGCCAAGAGGAGAGUGAUGAAAAAGGGUUUUAUCUACUGAAUCCGUUUUUGAUUAAAUAUAUAUUGAAUGUU